GCCCUCGCGGAAGGAAGCGCUCUGGACUGGGCGGAGUGAAGUUGACCCUAUGCACCAGCUGCAAGCCCCAGGCCGGGCUGGGCGCGCUAUGGCCGAGUGGGCAAAGCAGCUUGCAGGCAUUAAGGGCGUGGUGCUAGAUAUCAGUGGGGUCUUGUAUGACGGUGGAGGAGAAGGAGGCGGGGUGCCCAUCCCUGGAUCUAUAGAAGCUGUGGAAAGGAUCAAAGCGUCUGGCCUGAAGUUGCGGUUCUGCACCAAUGAAACCCAGGCCACUCGAGGCAAGUUUGUGGCGAAGCUCCAGCGCUUGGGGUUCAACAUUUUGGUGAAUGAAGUCACUGCCCCGGCACCGGCAGCCUGUCGCAUUCUGAAGGAGCGAAACCUGAGGCCGCACCUCCUCGUACAUGAUGAUCUGGUCCCUGAAUUUGAUCAGCUUGAUAAAACAAACCCAAACUGUGUGGUAAUUGGAGAUGCAGCAGACAAUUUUUCCUACAAAAAUCUCAACGAAGCUUUCAGAGUUCUGAUUGGACUGGAGAAUCCUAUUCUCAUAUCUCUGGGAAGAGGGCGCUAUUAUAAAGAAACCGAUGGUCUGAAACUUGAUGUUGGAGUGUAUAUGAAGGCAUUAGAGUAUGCUUGUGAUGUUCAAGCCGAGGUGGUGGGAAAGCCGGCAAAAAUGUUUUUCCAAUCAGCCUUGGCAGAAAUGGAAGUUGAGCCACAGCAGGCCAUCAUGAUUGGAGAUGAUAUUGUGAAUGAUGUAGGAGGCGCCCAGCAGUGCGGUAUGAGAGCUCUACAAGUACGGACAGGGAAGUACAGCAUCUUCUCAACUUUGAUGGAGAAUCUGUUUCUAUAUCUCGUGGAACUGGAGACCUGGAAUGUUUCUUGCACCAAUUGGCCUUGUGAUGAGCAACACCCUGAAGUGAAGGCAGAUGGAUACGUGAACAAUCUCGCGGAAGCAGUGGACAUUAUUGUGAAACAGUUGCACAAGUGAUCGUGCUGUAGAAGAUACCGAUUUAAAGGCACAAAGAAGUUGGACUUGACAUCUGAAGCCUAGCAUACAGCUCACACACCGGGCUACCUCUUCCCCUGUUUAAUUCAUUUCCCUCUCUUCACCUAAUUUCUACACAUAUGCAAAUAACCAUAGGAAACCAGUAAUGCUAAUAGUUUGUCGUUAACUGCCUGAUUUUCAAAGCUUCUCAUUUCUAGGUACUAAAAUGAAAUGCCUUAAUGAUUAAAAACGUUAAACCUAACAGGUGCUUAUGACUUCCGUGAAUCGUCUGAUUUUCUAGCACCCGCACAUUCCCUUGACUGCCAUGUAGCCAUGCAGUAGGAAGAACAGAUCAAAUUAACUGACACAAGUGGCUCUUGCACCACUUGGGCCGGACUCUGUCCCUGCCUAGGGAGCAGUAGGUUGCCCCCGCAUGGGGGAAUCCCCAGGCAGCAUAGGUCAGGCUAUGUUUGUAGAUGAGUCCAGAACUUUGUGUGUAAGAUGCGUGAGCACACCAGUCCCAAGGUGAAGUUUUGGGGGAACCCCCUCGUCUUGUAAUGACAUCCUUGAUUUCCACCUGGCUGGAUGUAACCAUCUGCUUAGAGCAGCGUCUUGUUUGAGAUUUCUCAGCGUAGUGAGUGGUGGCUUUGAAGCUGCUCAGGGCAGCGGUCGGGGCCUGGUAUCAGUGAGAUUUUCAGAAAUGCUCAGCAUUGGCCCAACUCCACCACAACUGAAGUCCAACUACAAGGUCUAGGGGCCACUUAAGUCCUGCUUCACAUGGGUGUCCCACAUUUGAACUGUCACCAUCUAGUCACACUGUUUUAGUCUUCAACUGCUAAAAAUAGCCUCCGAUGCUUAAAUGUUGUUUUAUGGCUGCUGGAUGCCAGGCUUAAUGAUCUGGUGUUCGGUUCCCAGAUUUAAAAAGCCAAGUAAUGACUUUGCCCUGCAUUGCUAUUGCUUGGAAAUCUUACUUGUAACAGGAAGACAGUGAAAUCGUCUGUGAAUUAAAUAGCACGCUGCUGCCUACAUUGACUGCUUUAUAUUUUGCCCUUGUGGUUUUCAGCCAUUACUAAUCACUGAAGCAAAUUAAAUCUUGUGAAUGUGCUAGGACUAAUCCUGCAAGGUGCUGAGCACCCUCAACUCCUGUGGAGGCCAGUGGGAGAUGAGAACACCCAGAACCUUGUGGGAUUAGACCCUGAUACAUAGCACCUAGCCACAUGGGGCCAAAUUCACCCCCGUGCAGCACCACGGACUUCACAGAAGCUACCCCAGGGGUGAAUUCAGCCCAAAAAAUUAGUGCCUGGGUAAAAUGAACUCUCACGACAAAAACCCUUGUGGUUACAGAAGAGAAAAAUGCUUUAUAAAGUAACAACAGAAAAAGGUGUGUACUAUAGAAAUAGUGUACUUUAGUGUGUACUAUAGAAAUAGAUCAAACUGUGUCUGUGGAUAGAGUGAGGAAGGGGGAAGGUGACAUCACCCCCAUUGCAUGGUCUAUAUAAGGGACAACCACAAUUACAAUCUCUGUGCUCCACUGGCACCAUCAGGGACACAGUCCAGCUAAGGGGGAUGAGGCAGGACUAGAGUCAUGGCACAGCCCCCUACAUCUGUCUCCAGAGUGGAACCAGUGCACCAGGAAAGCAUGCAGCACCUGCUGCAGACUGUAAAAGCAGGAGCUCUCCUCCUGUGUGCCGGGGAACUCAGGGCAGGAUUCCUCCCCGGCUCAGCCUCUGGGGCCAGGUGGCUCUCCUUCAUCUUGGCUGGUGCAUCUUGCACAGCCUAGCCCAGGGUUAGUGCGACAUCUCUCUGGGUUCUCACUGCCCAAGAUUGCGAUGAUGUCAUCGUGGAAAGGCUGAUAAGGGAAUUUUCCCAUGUCUGGCAGUUUAUUCAGGCUUCAUGUUCAGAUUUCCCCUUUUUAUGCGUUUGUCAAACCUUUAAUUGCAUUUCUCUACAUAUUGACAGUUGUCUGGCACUGCAGUGGUUUAGAUUCUGGAGAUAAAUACAGUUAUUACAAAUUGAGGAAUAACAUGAUUGACAUGGGGUCUUUUGGUGGCUGUCUUCAUUAGAGAACUGACUUACUGAAUUAAUAAA